AUGCGUUUCUUACGAUGUCUUCUCGCUACAUCAUCUCUUUACGCUAGUGUCACGGCAUUUGUGCCCUACCACAUAGAGCUUGGUGAUCCUGUUACCGAUGCCGCUAGUGAUAAGCUACUGCGUCGUUUUUUCCCAUAUGAGUUGCCGUCAGAGGAUGUGAAGGAUGAACCGGAAUCAGCCACCGGGGAUGAUAUUUUAACCCUGGACAUCAAAAGGGCCGCCUUUCGCCGUGACAACAAUUUCAAGAUUAUGUUAUCAGAUGAUCCGACAUCACCCAAUACGGCCGCGCUCAACCAAGGCGGAAAUGACUAUACCUACUUUGCAGCGGUCAAAGUUGGCUCUCAAGGUCAGAAGAUGUGGAUGAUGCUGGACUCCGGUGGUGUCAAUACAUGGCUCUUCGGGUCGGACUGCACAACAAAUUCCUGCAAAUUGCACAACACAUUUGGUGAACACGCUUCGACAAGUCUCCUACUAACCAACAAGGAAUGGGGCGUGGGUUAUGGAACCGGGCAGGUUAGUGGCGUCCUCGGAAAUGAUACUUUCUCGAUUGCUGGUAUGGAUGUGCGCAUGUUGUUCGGACUGGCUUCCAAUGCGUCGGACCAGUUUCAGAAUUACCCCAUGGAUGGAAUUAUCGGCCUUGGCCGCGCUGAGGAGGGAUCGUACGGUCCCUCGUUCAUGGAAGCCGUCAUAGAGCAGAAAUCCCUCAAGUCAAACAUUGUCAGCUUCAGUCUCUCUCGCGCUGCCGACGGAGGGAAGGAUGGUGCUGUGACGUUUGGUGGCGUCGACAAGACUAAAUUUACCGGGAACAUUUCGUACACCGACGCUCUCAGCGGUAACAAUCGAUGGACCAUCCCUCUGGACGAUGCCAGCGUGGAUGGCAAUGCCUGCAACUUCGUCAACAAAACGGCCAUCAUCGACACCGGCACAUCCUACGCUCUGAUCCCACCGAAGGAUGCAGCCGCAUUGCAUAAGUUGAUUCCAGGCUCCAGUGCCUCGGGGGACGAAAACUUCGUUAUUCCCUGCAAUUCCACUGCCAAAGUUGAACUUACUUUUUCGGGCAAGAGUUAUACAAUUUCUCCCAAGGAUUAUGUCGGUUCGAAGUACGGGUCGGGUUGUGUUUCGACGAUCAUCGGCCACCAGAUGUUCGGUGACAACGAAUGGCUUGUGGGCGAUGUCUUCCUCAAGAACGUGUAUACGGUGUUUGACUUCGACCAAGACCGCGUCGGGUUUGCGACACCAACUGUUACAUAUUAA